AUGAAGAUUCUACUCUUCGGAUUUUGCCUUGUUUGCCUCUCCAUGUCGAGAGUGCAAUCGAAGCCACAGACCACGAAGCUGUUCCCAAUCCCAGAAGAAACGAGCAAUCCUCCAGAAGAGGCCAGCAGCGAGGCGAAGCCUCUGGACAGGCUGCUGGGAAAAUUGCGAGCCACGUACAACUUCGUGUUUCGAAAGCCGGAGAACACGAGCAACGUGGAGAAAAUUUUGGCCAAGGACAAGCCCGACCCAGACGUGGAGGCGCUUAAACUGAUCUGGUCCAAUCGAAUGCAGCAGAGCUUGGUGGACAGGGAAGCGUCGAAGAAGUCGCAACCCAAGGGAACCUAUUUAAAGGUACAGGAUGACUGGGUGAACGAUGUUCAGCCCUUAGAGCGUUUGGAGCCUUUGGAACCGUUGGAACUGGAAGACGAGGUGGAAGUUGACAAGGAUCGAGACGUGGAGAUCAUUACACCGAGGACCACCUUCCAGUUUCCGGUCACCCUCAGCCGCCAUCUUGUCGAUUGGAUCGGAUCGCUCCUGGGGAUCACUUAUGGCGUGUACUCCAAGCUGUCCAGAAUUGUUAAUACCAAUCACACUGCAAUACGUGUUAAAUGA